AUGUCCGCGCGCGGGAGCGGGUUCUGCGCGCGCUGCGGCGCGCGAUUGCGCCUGUCGACGCAGUCCGAUGUCGUGACGUGCGGUGGGUGCGGGAAGACGCACGCGCUGGAGGAAGCGUUCGGAGCGGGCGAACGGGAGCUCUCGUGUGGGGCGAAGGAGUUUAAGUUCCAUCACGGCGUCGAGGCGCGAUACCCGAACGGGACCAAGGUGGGUGCGGGCGAGGAGGUCACGCGCGAACGGGCGACGGUGGACGAGAAGUGUCCGAAGUGUAAGCACAAGGGGCUGAAUUUCUACACGAUGCAGUUGCGGAGCGCGGACGAGGGGCAGACGGUGUUCUACGAGUGUCCAAAGUGUAACCACACGUUUUCGCAAAACAACUAG